GCUUCAAGAACUAGAAAUGGAGAACGCCCAGCUGAAGAAAGACUUGCGUACGCUGAGAGGAAGCGUGGCCUCGGCGGGCCUGGCCGGCGCAAAAGAGACUCUCAUGGGGCAAAUCGCCGCGCUCCAGGAGGAGCUCGAGAGACGGCGAGAAGAGUGCAUACAGCUGCAUAGCGUGCUGGCGGACAACACGCGCGGGAUGAAGAGCCUUGGCUCGAACUACGGCCGGGACGUGGACAUCAUCAACGAAGACGGUGAGCUGGUGCUCGCCUUCGAGACACAGAAGAAGAUCAACAGUAGUCUUAAGACAAAGCGAAGGGCCUCGAGAGUACAAUUGGAGGAUGAGCUGCAGAUGAAAGAGAAGGGCUGGAGGGAGCAGAGGAUCGAAUGGGGGGCAGAGAUCGACCGACUGCAGGAGGAGAUCGAGAAGCAGCAGAAGCUGCUCUCGGUGAACCUCAGCAAGUCGCCGCAGACACAGGCCGAGGCUUAUAUGCAGCACGAGAUCGUCAGGCUGACUACAGAGAACUUGGAGCUGCAGGAGAAGUUCGACAAGAUUGCGGAGGAGUGCAGGAAGUUCAAGCGACAGCUGAAAAUACUCUCGAAACGUCUUCGGGAUGCAGGCUAUGAGGGAGACGAUUCGAAGGAUCAUAGGGAUCGCCCUUACACUUCGAGGGGCGCCGUGCCAGAUACGACGGAACAUGCGAGCGAUUCCCCGAUGAUGUCUUCCACUGGGAACUCCAAUGAUAAUGGUAGCAACAUGCCCGCCAUCAGGAAGAAGGAGAGGGACUACGAGGGUAUGUUCGAGUUCAGGCAAGACGACGUCAACGUGAUCAUACGUCACCUAGUUAUCGAGUUGAAGCCGAGAGUCGCGGUGACCUUGCUGCCCGGCCUGCCGGCAUACAUUCUGUUCAUGUGCAUCAGACACACGGACUGCGUAAACGACGACCAGAAGGUGCGUUUGCUGCUCACGGCCUACCUGAACGCGGUGAAACGCGUGGUGAAGAAGCGCACGGACUUGGACUCGAGCGUUUUGUGGCUGAGCAAUACCUUGAGGCUGCUGCACUCCCUGAAACAGUAUUCCGGAGACAAACCGUUCCAGAUCGAGAACACGCCACGACAAAACGAGCAGUGUCUGAGGAACUUUGAUCUGAACGAGUACAGAGUGGUGAUGAGCAACGUGGCGCUCUGGAUCUUCAAUUGCAUCAUAACAAACUUGAAGGAGAAGAUCCAGGCGCUCACAGUUCCAGCUCUCCUCGAACACGAGGCUAUAACCGGCAUAACUGGUCGACCAAGGUCUUCGUCGGUGGGCGAGGAGCCAGAGUCCACGCAGCAGAAGUUGGACAAGCUUCUGGACGAGCUCAGCUCCGUCUACAGGAUUCUCCAGUACCACGGCGUCGACUCCGAGAUCAUUGUUCAGCUGUUCAAGCAGCUGUUUUAUUUCAUGUGCGCCAGCGCGGUGAACAACCUGCUCCUGAGGAACGAGCUGUGCCAGUGGACAAAGGGCAUGCAGAUCAGAUACAACCUCAGCCAUCUGGAGCAAUGGGGCAGGGAUCGGAAGCUGGAGCAAGCCUCCGAAGCUCUUCUGCCGAUCAUCCAAGCCGCCCAGCUUCUGCAGGCUAGAAAAACAGACGCGGACGUCGCUUCGGUUUGCGAGAUGUGCAGCAAACUCACCGCCAAUCAGAUCGUUAAGAUCCUCAACUUGUACACGCCGGCGGAUGACUUCGAGUCCAGGGUCCCGGUCUCCUUCAUCAAAAAGGUCCAGGACAAGCUGAAGGAGCGUGGCGAGAAAAGCGAACAGUUGUUGAUGGAUCUAAAGUUCUCGUACCCAGUAAGGUUCCCGUUCAAUCCGUCGAACAUUCGAUUGGAGGACAUCGAAACACCGGAAGUACUUCAUUUGCCCAUGCUCAAGAAGGUGUAAUCAUAGCUGCGAAGAAAACUUAGUGGCCCCGCUGCGCAUGUAACUUUUUAGUUGAGUAACAAGUAACCAAGCAUAGCCUAUUUAUUAACGAAGCCAAAACGAAAGGGAGAGCAAAACGUCACGAAGGGGUGAGAGAGGAAUUAAGAGCGAGGAGAGGGAGAAAGAGAGUGAGAGAGAAUGAAAGAGAGAAAGAAAGAGAGAGAGAGAGAGAGAGAGAUGGGAGAAAGAUGAAAAAUUGGAGAACGCAUCGAGCGGGUCAUCGAUAUCACGUUUUAUAUAUUUUUUUUUACUCGAGUAAUUUGUAUUUUACAAAGCAUAAUUCCUGUCCGCGCGAUGUACAACGUCGACUAAAUGAGAAUAAGUUUCGAAUGGCUGACAGAUAAAUGAAGAAAGGGAAUCAGAGAGAAACCAUAUUUUCCGUUUCGUUGUUUGUAGUGGUGUAAUCGAGGACGGUCAUCGAUGGAAAUGUCUCUGGUGGAGCUUGCACUUUGCAUCGGAAUCGUAAAUGGACAUAGUGAGACAUGAAGUGCCGAAAAUUCUGUAUCCCCAAUGGUACAGAAGCGUUGUUAUCAAGAUUUAAAAGAGUUUAAUGGUACGCGUUGUUGUCGUCGAUAUUGUAAGUCUAUCGAAUGUUGCAAGACAGAGAACUUUAUUGCACGGAACAUCCGGUAACCCGUUGGAGAUCUGUACUUAAUUGUGUAAAAAGAAAACGGCAAGAGAGAGAGAAAAAGAGAGAGAGAGAGAGCGAAAAGAGAAAUAUAAAGUUAUGUUUUAGGAGAGACAUUGUAUAUUUUGUGAUACGAGAAAGAUUAAUUAUGAGGUCGGUUCCCCGCAGACCGAGGGCAGAAGAUGGGCGAGAGAGAUCCGAGCAGGAGAGAGAAAGACAGAGGUAUAUAUUGUUGUUAUAAUAUAAUUUAUAAAUAUGUACAAGCGAUUGUAUUCUGUGCCAUUUUAUUAGUAGAGAUUCUAACAAAAUUCUGUUUUCCUACGUUCGUCGAUCUGCGUUUGUGUUUAUGCUUUAAAAAAAUUAUUAUCGAACACAUACACAUACACCGACAGACUCCAUAUAGUGAAAAAUCCCUCCUUCAAAAAAAAAGAAAUCCUAUAUCCUGGGAAAAAAAUGUGUACAGGAAGAACUCUGUUUGCGCGAAUAUACCUUGACUCGAUGUCACAAAUUUCUUUGUUCCUACAAUGAAAAUAAAAAAAAGAAGUCGUUGAGGAAAA